AACCAAAACUUGUUUGUGGCCCUAAGGCAGUUUUAAGAAGGGCAUAAGGUAACUGGAACUAUCUGCUGGGCCUGCGCCCAAGGCUGGUAUGGGCUUGGGCCCGGGGCCUAGAUGGGUCUGGGCCCAAGGCCUGUAUGGGCUUUGGGAGCUCGGUGCCGUACAAUAGCCCCCCCUUGAUUCAUACUCGGUCGCCGAGGAGAAUCAAGGAGCUGCCUGGGCUUCUUGACCUCGGGAAUCUUUUAGUCUGGGACUUCUGGCUGUCAUUUCUCAUUAAUAGCCAUCUCAAAAGACGCGCCGUUUCGCGGCGCCAGGCGCAGUCGUCAUUAUUGCCUGACGGUUCGUGAACCGAAGCGGUGCGCAAAUCGGUUACGCUUGGCAUUUGCUGGGUCGCUCGUUCGCUGUGCCCAUUUAUUGUUUGAUCAAGCGUUUCUUCUUUCCCCAUUUCUUCUGGCUCUAUAAAUAGUUCUUCUCCAAACGUCACUCCAUUUUUCCUUCGCCUCUGAUCUUUAGUGCCUACUCCCUGCCGACCACAUUUCUGUGUGCUUGCUUGCUCAGCGUUCUUUUCCUCCUUAGAACCCAACGUAAGUCUCUCUUUCCCUUCCUGUUCCUUCAGCUUUGUUUCUUUGAUUUUAUUCUUGUAGUUUUAGGCUUUAUAGAUGGGUUAUUCUUACCUUCUAGAUACCCCGGCUGCUUUGGCCACCUUUAGGAGUAAAUUUAGUAUCCCCAGUGACGUGGACGUGGCUUACUGCCAUGAGAGUGAUAUGGAACUCCACCGAGGGCAUGGUACAGCCUUCUUUCCUUUGAUGUCCAUCUUAGAAGGUGGGGUUAGGUUCCCGGUAGAUCCCCUCCUGAUAAGCACACUCACCUACUAUGGGCUGUGCCCCGACCAGCUUCCCCCCAAUUUUUACCGGGUAGUUAGUUGUGUCGGCCAGUUGAACCAUACCUUUAACUUACAACUAGAUCACCAUGAUAUUAACCAAAUGUACAGCCUCUGUGGGAGCAAAUCCACAAAUUACUACUUAAAGACAAGGGAUGCUCGGGUACGGCUGAUAUCGUGCCUACCCGAUUCGAACAGGAACUCCGCCGGGGAGUUUGUCAGGGUGCGCGGCAAUUGGUUUGCCGGGGAGAUCCCUUGCCCCCUCACACGGCGUGAAGUGGACGGCAAAGUGUUUACUCAGGACCUCAGAGCCGUCCACGUCAGGGACCUAAACUUCGUCCUUCGUUCCGAGAUCUACGUGCACUGGGACGGGCAACUCCGGGCCUCACACCUGAUCCUCGGCGUGGAACCGGUUUACUCUACUUGGCAAUCAUUCAAGCAGGCGUUGAUAGUUGACAGCCCCCUGCUCUCGUACAUAGACGUCCGGUACGUGAACUUCUUGCCGCCGAAGCUUACAACCGGGGAAGCGAGGGAAUUUGGUAGGCGGUUCACUGCCGCGGACGAACUAGUUCCCCUUCGAGACGAUUCCGCGGAGCAAGUAUCCCGGCGCCUUAGAGAGAGAGCUCACGAAGCUAUACAACAAGGGGACCAAGCCCAAGAGCAGACCCAUCCCGAGGAUCCACCCGCCGAGCAUCAACAGCAAGUGACAGACGCGGCUAACCUGCUAGCUGAAGCGAUCCAGCCCGGUGCAAGCAUGGUGGCAAGGCGAGUAAUGACCCUAGACAGGUUCGUGCCUGGUGCCCGACUGACCAACCAGCCCCCGCCUACCCAGGGUCGGGGUCCAGUUUCUCAACCUCCUCCAACCUCGCAGUCCGGACGUGCCCGGAAAAAACAGAAAGUAGCCGAGCAACAUUCCACGGCCCCGGGGGACGCCGCUGUCCGGACUCCUCCCCGACCAACAGGGGGGAUUGUCAUCCGCGAGCCGCAGACCGAAGCUGGCACGGGGGGCGCAUCCUCCUCCCAAGUGGCUCCAGCGUGGGAGCCAAAGUUCCUUCUGGAUGGCAAACCAUUGCCAUCAACGGCCUCUGUUCGGAUAUGGGAUAAGGGCGAGGGCGGCCGCAUUGCCCAAACCUUGGCCGGAGCUCUCCAACUUCCCGAGGACGUGCACGCCUUUGAGGAUGGGUCCGAGGAGUCCGUGGGGCGCCGGUUAGAGUGGCACGCCAUUGCGGUAAUUCUUUUGUCUAUUUGCUCCAUGUAGAUUUCCUUUUGCCACUUUGCUAACCUUCGCGCUUGCUAGGCCGCUCAACUAGCUCACAUCGUGGCUGCCCGGGCACGGGAGCUUGAUGAGGAAAAUGAGCGCGAGAAGGUGGCGCGGGAGGCAGCAGUAAAAACGGCUAAGGAAAAGGCUAAGAUUGCUGAGUCUGCCGAGAAUAAGGCUGCUGCCGCGGAGAAGUUCCGAGCAUCGGCCGAACAGAGGUGUACUGACCUCCUGGCCAGGCAAAAUGAGACGGAACUUAAACUGGCCGAAGCCCUCAGCCUCAACACUUCUCAUGCCGAGGAGAUAGCUGAUCUCAGGGCGGGCUUGGCGGCCGCGGAGCAGAAGUGGUACGACGUGGGCUUCGCCGACGCCGAGAACUCCGCAGAGCCGAUGGUGGCUCGGGCUCGGCAUAUGGGUUUCGAGGCCGGGUGGUUUGCUGCUCUUCAAGCAAUGGGAGUUCCUGAAGACUCGCCGCUGAGAGACCCCGGCCAGAUUCCAUUUCCGAGUCCUGUACCUGCCGUCCAGAACGCCCCGGCUGCUCUAGACGAGGAGGAGACGGCCAGUAUGAGGGAGUUGGUUGAGCAAAUCGACUCUCAUGCCGAGCCCGAGGAACUGGAGGCUACGAGCACACCUACCGUGCAGGAACUUCUUGACGAGGCCCAGCCUUUCUCCCUGAUCGUCCAACAGGAAGUGCCACCACCGACUCAACCCCCUAGUUGAUUUUAUUUUAGCUUAUUUUUAUUUCGUUUUUAUUUGCCUAUGUCACCGGGAUGUGGUGAUUGAACCGUUGUUUUAAUUUAUUGGUUUUAUUUGCCCA